AUGAAGAGGAGAGAAGCCUCAGCAGACCUGGACCUCCCUGAAAAGGACAAGGAAAUAAGGGCUAAAGUGGAGAUCAGGCAUCUGCAGACCCAUUUUCAUCAUGAAGCAUACAAGAGGAAAUUCUUCGAUGCCGAUAUCUGGCGGCAAAUGCAGGCUCAGGAAAAAGCAAUAAAUGAUCUGAAGCAAGAACGCAGACAUGUGACAUUAACGCUGAGCCAGAUCUAUUCACCGAGCAGUGUGUUGCUGGAAAACAGAAAUCGUAGGAAGAUCCAAAGCCUUUUGCAGACCAGAAUGCAGAAUGAUGCCCUGAUCAAAGAAAGAAAAGCCCAGUUAGCUGACCUGGCCAAGCAGGUUGUAGAACUGGAAAAAAAGAUAGUGAAGCAAAGAGACACAGCCUGGAGAGUGUUGGAAGCAAAGAGCCGCAAACACCUGCAGAAGAAAAUCGAGUUACUGGAGAUGCGUCUGAGUCAUGUCACUGUCCGUUACAACAGCAUCAUGACCAGGAACAACAGCCUCCGGCAGGAGACUGCCAGCCUGCAGAUCCAGAAAGCCAUUUAUGACAACUGCUACUGGAAGCUGGAAAAAAGUCUGGCUCAGCAGAACAAAUUGCUGGAUGCUGCUAUUGAGCAAGCCACAGAAGAUUACGAGCAGUGGAUGGAGGAUCUGGGGCGGAUCUCGGACAUUCGGGACGUGCGCUACAGAGAAACCAUCCAGUACAACAUCAGGCUGCUGGAGAGGAAGUGUGCCCUGCACCAGGAGACCAGGCUGAAGAACUUCUUCCUCAGCAAAUGUGCAGACCUCUCUGUGUUGAAGGAACAGGCCAAAGAGAGAGAAGCCUUAGAGGCAGGUGAGAGGGCCAAAAGGAGCCAAAAGGAGAGCUAUGAGGUGGCCUACAAGCGUCUGCUGGAGCUGUCAGACGGAGAUAUUGAUGAUUUCUUGGAGGACUUCCUUGAAAAGGACAGGAGAUUCUUCAUCCUCUUCAGCUAUGCCAUUAGGCUGAACGUCAGGAACGAGGGUCUCAGGCAGAGGAUCGAGGCCAUCCAGCCCCUCCACGUGCUGGUGUUCCCACAGGAUGACAUGAAGGCCAUCAGAAUGGAGCGGGAGCAGGCGGAGACAACCUGCACCCACGUCGUGCAGGAGCUGGAGGCAAAAAUAGCAGAGACCACUGAGGAAGCCAACAAGUAUGAGAAUAAAUGCAAGGAGAGCAGCGUACUCCUGGGACAGAUCCAAUCUCGCAUGGAGACCCUCUUGAAGAACAUGGACUGUGACACUACAAAGAUGGUGAAGCCUCUUGGGGAGAGCUUGGUGCCAGUUUUUGGUAGGUCAGGGCUGCCCAUCUUCCCAUGCCACGUGUCCUGGGAAAUCCUGUCCACCACCUGCUUGCACUGUGCAGGGAAUACUCAGGAAACCAGUGGAUCCCCUGCUCUGCAGAGAGGCAGGGGUGGGUUUGGGCAGGGUCCUGCUGCAGGAACACUGCGGGACACUGUGGCUCCUUCCCACGCAGGUCCCGUGGAGGACAAGAUCAAGGAGUUCCUGCUGAGGGAGUCCUUGCUGCGCUACACGUCCAUCGAUCGCACCCAGCGCGCCCAGGCCUUCACCAGCCCUCUCCAGGGAACCUCCAAGCUCCUGGGGACCAUGGACAGGGCCAAGCUCUGCCCACCCCCCCCAGACCUGGAGGAGACCGCUGAGCCCAAAACCGCGGAAGAGCCGCUGGGCCGGGAUCAGCUGCGUGAGCUCGUUAUCCGGAGGCACGAGGAGGAGCUGAGCAGGCCCCCCAGCUCGGGCAAGAGGAGGAGGAGAUUCACAUCAUCAGGGGCCAGGAGCCCAUCAGGGUCCAGGAGCCCAUCAGGGACCAGGAGCCCAUCAGAGACCAGGAGCCCAUCAGGGAAUUAA